GAACCGCAUGCGACUCACGGAAUUGACGUCUAGAUACCCACAUCGAAGCAUCGAAAAUCUGCAGAAUGCGCCCACGGCUACGGGUCCCUAUUACUCUGAUUUCCGCACUGAAGAUUAGUCCGGCAAAACCGGUCCUUAAUUUCUGCCGGACCUAUGCGGCGGGCCCCAAGGGGGCGGGGAAGAAAGAUGAUAAAAAGGGGAAGAAGAAGAAGAAGAAGGGAGGAGGCGAUUUUAUCCAACACGACUUAGGGGGUGCACUGCAAUUCAGCCUUACGGAGGCCAUGCGGUACAUUCGAGCGAUGGAAGUUGGACGGAACCCUGUCACUGUCAAGUACGAUCUCGCCGUCCGACUCAGAACGCCAAAGACAUCCCCGAUUAUCCGGAACAGGAUACGACUGCCCACGCCUGUGAAGACUGAUAAGAGGGUUUGUGUGAUUGCAGAGGGGGUACAUGCUGAGGCUGCACGGCAGGCUGGCGCUGCUAUCGUCGGGACGGAGGAAGUCUUUGAGCAGGUUGGUGGAAAUAUUCUUUCUUGUCUUGGCUUGGCCGUUCUACAAGUAGGUUUUCGUGCUGACAAUCACCCUAUAGAUCCGGAACGGGAAAUUGGAUUUUGAACUCUGCAUUGCCCACGAGGAUUCCCUUAAAGCUCUCAUGGCUACGAAGCUCGCGAAAGUGCUCGGCCCUAGAGGUCUCAUGCCGUCCCCCAAGUUUGGCACCGUUGUCAAGAAUACUGGGGCUGCCAUCAGAGAUCUCGUCGGAAAAUCUGACUACAAAGAGAGGAUGGGUGUGGUUCGAUUGGCGAUAGGCCAGCUUAGAUUUACGGAAGCACAGCUUGCCGAGAACAUCAAAACGUUCAUUAGUCAUCUAAAGAAGGAUAUUGCGGCGUUGGAUAACGUCACGAAAUCCAUCCAUGAAGUGGUUUUGAGUUCAACACACUCCAGCGGAUUUUCAUUGAAUGGCCAGAUUGAGCCGAGUGGGGCCCGGGAAAGCAAACAAUAAGCAGUCCCUGUCGAUCAAAAAAAAGAGGGAAAAAAAUCUUUUCUUCCUUUGAUCAGACAAACACUCCUUGUUGGUCGAUUGUAAUUGUAAGGGUUCCGGUGCAGAAGCUCAAUGCAUGUAUAAUACAGAUUAACUUAUGGUCGGGGACAUGAUAGAAAGGUACACCCCCAUUUUUUAGGAUCCCCUUUUCACCGGAUUUUUUUCUUUUUCUUGUGCGAAGCGCCCCAGGAACUCGAGGCGAAGAACCAUGUUCAGACGUUGAAGGGUAACGUACCCAUUGCUGUAGUUGUGCUCGGCUUAUGCUGGUUUACUGCCUAUUUUGUGCUGCGGGACAGGAUAUAGUACAUUUCUCCACCUCUAAACCGUGUUGUUCGGUUUAUUACUAAAGCACCGUGGUAGGACAACGAGUCUACACCACCCUCCAUAGAGACUUUGCGAUUUCGCAUCCAGAGUCAAAUUCUAGCGAUCUCAUUGGACCAGAACCCUGUUUGACCCACAUCCAGAGUCUUUUCGCAAAGUCCCUAUUAACUGGCAGAUCCCGCCCGGGGAAGAAGCACUUGAAGUGAGAAGAGUCACGGCUGUCACACCCAGUGUGCAGGAGCACGAGCCCUGGAAGGAAAAUUGUUUUUAUUCCUGAUUUCUCAACUAAUGCCAAGCCAAGUACCAAGGAGUGCCCAGAAACAUCCACGAAAGUCUAGAAGUGCCGAGAAGCGUUUCCAGAAAUUCCAUUGAAUAGGGAAACUCUAGGCGUCAUGUGAUCCCCGAUCACUACCGGAAACGGAUCCUCCCGCUGUGUAUUUCGUCACUCGGAUUGGAUGUCGAUUUAGGCUUCCGGAGGGUCGGAGGCUGUGAAAUAGUCUACCGUACUCGAGUCUUAUUUUGCUGUGGAGCCCUCCGAGAAUCUGAUCACGCUUUUGACGUCGGGGGGCUUUUCUUUUCUUUUCUUUUUUGCCUCCUCCAUUCCCUCCCUUUUACGGUACCAAUGGAAGGGAUCUUUCCGAAAUCCGGAGAAAUUAAAGUUAUCAGAUGAGUUCGGACUAUCGGUACUCGAGUACAGCAUCAUACUGUUAUCUUGCUCUACCAGUACCAGUAAUACGUAGAAAGGCAGUAAUAGGAGGGGGGGGAAGACAUUGCCAUCGUGAUGCAAUUUAGUCUAACCUUAACAAUAGCUCUCUAGAUUCUCUCCACGAUAAACUGAUUCCCCUUUACAUGCUGUAUCACAUUGUGGCCCACGACGAAGAAGCAUCCUUUCGUCAACUUCGUGCGGAUAUAUAGGCGAGGCAGACUUUGCCUAGCCUAUUAAAUUAUUCAUACAGGACGCACAUGAUACCCCUGCCCAUAUGUUAUCUAUCGUAUCCCCCCAAGAGCCCUCGGCCAAGAUAGGAUCCAAGACUUUAUAAGGAAUAAAAGUACAAG